GCUCUACAUGCAACAGGAGCUACUGGUGCAGGAGGAGAGCUCACAGAAGAGGCGGAGGCAUCAGGUGGAGUGAAACCUCAACCCGGGAGGGGCCGGUGUUUCACGACUUGAAUGCUCAGUCUAUGGUCAGUCUGGUCUGGUUUGGAGCGGGUUAGAAGAUGGCUCUCAUCAUACAACAUUUCCUGCUGGGCCUCCUUCUCCUGGGAACAAACGUGUUCAUCAGCAUUUAUGCUCAGGAGAACCCCGGGGCGUGGACUAACAAGUCCUGCAAAUGUGAUUGUGAUGGAGGCGAAUCGCAGACGGAGGUUUAUUCCAUUGGGUCUGGCUCAUCUUUGGUGCGAGGAGUGGACUGCAUGCCGGAGUGUCCCUACCACAGACCUCUUGGCUUUGAGGCUGGAUCAGUGAGUCAAGAGCAGAUCACCUGCUCCAACCAGGACCAGUACACUGGCUGGUUCUCCUCAUGGGUACCGAGUAAGGCGCGACUCAACAGCCAGGGCUUUGGCUGCGCCUGGCUGUCUAAGUUCCAGGACAGCAGUCAGUGGCUGCAGAUUGACUUAAGGGAGGUGACGGUGGUGUCAGGGAUUCUCACUCAGGGCCGCUGUGAUGCCGAUGAGUGGAUUACCAAGUACAGUGUUCAGUACAGAACAGAUGAGAAGCUCAACUGGAUCUAUUACAAAGACCAGACUGGAAACAACAGGGUGUUUUAUGGGAACUCUGAUCGGUCCUCGUCUGUGCAGAACCUUCUGCGGCCGCCCAUCGUUGCUCGCUACAUUCGCAUCCUCCCUCUGGGAUGGCACACACGCAUCGCUCUACGCCUGGAGCUCCUGCUCUGCAUGAACAAAUGCAUGUAAACCCCCCACUUCCCCCAACCCCCACCCCCUUCUAAAAAUACAAACAAAACAGCUAAAACACACUUACAUAAAUGCAUUAAACCAGGUUUGUUUGAUAUGUACAAUGAGCUCUCAUUCACUCCACUCUGCAUUGUCUGUAUUAAACCAGUCUCACUAUGGGGACUUCAAUUUGGGGAGUUCUCAAUAGAUUGCUCCAUUUGCAAUGAAAAGGCAUAAACUGAAAGCAGUAAUUAGGCGUGGAGAGGGAGAGGUAGCGUUGCUAUGGUGGUUGAAUCUGCGCUCAUGUUAGAAAUCCAAAUCGUUCUGUGAUAGGUCAAUAAAAUUCUGUCUGCUUCUCCUGAUAAUCUGAGCGUAGCUGGGAAUUUACACAAUAAGUCUCCCCUCCUUAUUUACCUUAAUGAAUCAGUGUAGUAGUAGUCUGCAUUUUUCAUAUUUUCAGCAAAUCCCAUGAAAAGACCGAAAACAACAACAAGGUCUUCCUUAAUCCAAUUACUGUUUUCAUUUCCAACAUUUUUAAAAAUUUAUAUUUUUUUAUUUAAUUUUAAAUGUUUGUUUUGUUUUUUUACAUUUCUAAUUAAUUAUUUGUCCAAACAUAAUAUAUAGUAAACAGUCAUAUAUACAUCAUUUAUCAUCUGGUGGGUCAAAUUAGAACAAAUGCAUAUUAUUCUGCAGUUUAAACACCAGCUGUGCACAGCUGUUAGAUAAUCGGAUAAGUGUAACAGACUGCUGUCUUUGGUCUUUUCAAUGCAUUUGAUUUGUUAGUAUGGAUUUUUCUGGGGGUCUUAUUGCCUCAUUUGACGUACUGUUUUCUUGUUUGAUUUUUUUUGUUGUCGUUUGGUGCUGUGGUUAAAAAUUCCUGAUUGCUUUCUUUAAUAUUAUAUUUGAAUUUCCCAUUACACUUAGGGAAUACAUUGCAGAGCUGAAUUGCUCUGAAGAUGUUCUCUUUAUUGUGUUUUUAAACCAUGUCCUUGAAUAAACAAAUAUGUGUCUGUUUUUAUGUUGCGUCUGUGCUCCAAAACAAACUCUGAGACAUUCAAAAAUGUACAGUUGGCAUUUAUUAUGAGACCCUAUCAUUUUUAAAGUAGAACGGUCAGUAUAGAUACUCUGUUAUUUUUUAUUUACACCCUGUCAGAAGUGGGAAACAGCUUAAUGACAAAAAAAGAGAAUUGAUGUUAUAGGAAACACAUUCAUAUUUUUGAACAAAAAGUCUUCUUCUCAUCUCAGUUUUCAGCGUGUGCGACCUGCUGAGGGUUGAAGCCUUCAUUUCCAUCUGAUGCGUUGAGUCGAUAAACUAACGUAAGGCUUCGGGUCACUAGCAAGGCAAACUUCAUCAUCACUUUGUCCCAUUAGUGAUAUAAACAAACCCAUGUCAGCAGUCAUUUACAAUCAUUAGCAAUGAGGAUUUUGUACACACGCGCACAACAUGGGGCAGUUUUACCUUUUGUGGGAUAAACUUAAGAAAAAUGUAAAAAAUGUAUUGCAGAAUGAUGUGAUGUCACAUACCAACAGUUGCCAACAGUUGCUGUAAUCACAGUUUCCUGCAGGAAAUCCUUCUUUGUGCUAUAUUUGGCUCAAAUCCAUCUAGCUGCCGAUUUGGCUAAUACAAUCUGCAUCACUCCGAGUCUUUUUAUGAGUGUUAUUGCUUUCAGUCAACCAUCAAGUUACUGUGAUUGAUUCUUAGUUUCACCAAAUGAGGAUCCGAACUUUUCAUGGCCCAUUCUUCUUUUCUUUGUUCCUUUUGUCUGUGAUGGCAUUUGGAAUACAGUUUUUUUGCUUUACGCUUUCAAAUCACAAAGGUAUGAAAGGGAAUUAAGGCCACUGAAGAAAAAAAAUUGAGGUCAUGACUUUUUUUCCCUUCAAAAUCCUGAGGAAAAAAAAAGUCUAACUUUAAGCUAAGAAUUUUCAGAAUGAGAGAGAUUUAUUUGAGAGUUAAUCACAAUUUUGAGAAAAAAUCAGUUUUGAAGAAAAGACAGACGUUUGAGAAAACUGAAGUCAGAUUUUUGAGGAAAAGGUCAGAAUUCUUAGAUUAAAGCAAGACUUUUGAGAACAGAAGUUUGAGAAAAAUGUCUGGAAAAAAAGAUCAGAAUUUUCAGAUUGAAGUCAGAAUUUUGAGAAAAAGCCUGAAUUGCUAAAAUCAGAAUUUUGAGAAAAACAAAAAAAGUCA